CUCUCUCUCUCUAACAACAAAACCAGAGAGACCUAACCAAACACUUCUCUCUCUCUCUCUCUUUCUUUCUCUAGCCUUUAUUAGUUUCCAGUACGGAUUUCUUUUAUGUAAGAAACCCUAAUAUUUAGCUCCGACGACCUCAAAAGCCUGCUACGUUUGCAAAUGCGCAUUCAAAGCCCUUUAAUAUAAUACAGCACCCUUUUUCCUCAAAGCUUUGACUUCUCUUUCAUGGACUUUCUGUUCACAAAGAAAAAGUAUCUGAUUCUAUAGCCCCUCAAAUUCACUGUUUGUUCUGCGGGGUGGGUAACUAUCUAACAGUCUCACCACAAAAACCUGGUUUCAGAUUCCAUUUGGGUUUUUUUUUUUUUUUCCUUUAUAUAAGAGCUACUAGCAUGGUGUACCUUGUUUCUCUGUAGAGAGCAACAAAAGAUUUUAGCUUUCUAAAAUGUUAGACCGUAACCGAGAUUCAGAUAGCGAACUGAGUUUAGAAGCUUUGAAUUCUGGUUAUAGUUCAAUGAGCAGCGAUAGUUGUAGCAGUUUUAGCCGGCUUUCCUUUGAGCUCAACGCUCCUGCAGCUUCACAAUCCUCGCCUGAAAACCUCUUAACUCUGAAGCCUCACCGUUCCUCAGAUUUCGCUUACUCCGCCGUUCGCCGGACGGGUCUCACCAUCCGUGACUUCAGACUCAUCCGCCGCAUCGGCGCCGGAGAUAUUGGUACUGUGUAUCUCUGUGCACUCAGAGACUGUUCCGACUACUACGCGAUGAAGGUGGUGGACAAACAGGCCUUGGCGAAGAAGAACAAGGUGCAGAGAGCUGAGAUGGAGAGGAAGAUUCUGAAGAUGCUGGACCAUCCUUUUUUGCCUACGCUUCACGCCGAGUUCGAAGCCUCCCAUUUCUCUUGCAUUGUCAUGGAGUUUUGCUCCGGCGGCGACUUGCAUUCUUUGCGCCACAAACAACCCCACAAACGCUUCUCUCUCAGCUCCGCUAGGUUUUAUGCUUCGGAAAUUCUGGUUGCAUUAGAGUACCUUCACAUGCUGGGAAUAAUCUACCGAGACCUUAAGCCUGAAAACGUUUUAGUAAGAUCAGACGGUCAUAUCAUGCUCUCAGACUUCGAUCUCUCUCUAUGCUCAGACGCAAUCCCAGCCGUCGAAUCCCCAUCGUGCUCCCCAGAAACCGCGACAUCAUCGACUCCGUCGUACACCCGCGGCGUACACAUGCCAUUCUCCUGCCUCCCGAACCGGUUCUUCCGGUCACGCAAGGUCCAAACCUUAGCCCCGAACCGGCUGUUCGUGGCGGAGCCGGUCGACGCCCGGUCGUGCUCCUUCGUCGGGACCCACGAGUACGUGUCGCCGGAGGUCGCGUCCGGCGGGUCCCACGGCAACGCGGUCGACUGGUGGGCCUUCGGGAUCUUCAUCUACGAAAUGAUCUACGGUCGCACGCCCUUCGCGGCUCCAUCGAACGAGACAACGCUGCGUAACAUCAUAAAAAAGCCCCUCGAGUUCCCGACGUCCCCCACGCCCCCCAGCACGAGUGAGCUCCACGCGCGCGACCUCAUCUCCGGGCUGCUGAACAAGGACCCGGUUAGCCGACUCGGGUCGAAGCGCGGAGCCGCCGACGUCAAAAAGCACCCGUUUUUCAAGAGCCUGAAUUUCGCCCUCGUACGGUCGCUCGCGCCGCCGGAGAUCCCGGGUCUCAAAACGACGCCGAAGAGGUGCGGUGGUGUUGGCGGUAGUAGCAGUAGUAGUAAUAGUAAUGCACAAUCAACUGCGUUUGAGUACUUUUGAUUUGAAACAAACGGAGGGAUUCGCGCCACGUGUCGAGUUGGUGCUGCCAGAUUUUGUCACUGGCUUUUGUAUAUUCGAGCUGUCUUUUUUUGGUUUUUUUUUUAUAAUUUCUUUUAAUGGGCCCCUCUGUUUUUGA